AACAAAUAACAACAACAAUAAUCUUUCUGUAUUUACUUUUAAAUUUUAAUUUUGGUGAACAAAGUUUCAAGUCAAAAGUAGUGAUUUAGUUAAUUUUAUCUCAAUUAUUAAGAAAACUAUACCGAAUUAAGAAUAAUAAAAAUCUAUUUACUCUUCAUUGCUUUCUUAAUAUGUUGUCUAUUUCGAAUAUUAUAUUAAUGAUAUUAAUAGUGAUGGUUCAUAAAACCAUUCCGGAUCAUAUCUACGGACCUGGAUUAAAACCUAAGGAAAUUGUUAUGCCGGCUAGAUACUUUUUUGUCAAUAUUACUUCAAUCGUCGGACGAAAGUACAGUCCAGAUUUGUAUAACGAAUUUGCGGUAGAAAUAGAAGGUACUUCAGCUAAACAGAGUUACUGUCGCAUUUGGGUGAACAAAUUAAAUAGAAGAGAUGGUACUUUUAUUGUCAGAUAUAAAGUUUAUGAUACUUGUAAUGAUUUAUCUAUCAGUCUAUAUUAUAAAAGUAAGCACAUUAGUGGCUCUCCAUUCACAAUUAUGGGUCCAAUUCAACCAGAUCCAUGUCAUUGUCCAGAGCAGAAUUUUGAUACAUGGUUAAAACAGUAUGGUUGCCCCAAAACAUAUGACAAAGUUACACACAGCCUUAAAUUGCAUAAUCAAGUUAACAUGAAAACUAAAUUACGAAAAAUAAUUGAUAGAUUUCAUAAACCUGAGAGUGUAAGUUUUUGUCAUUAUGUAGUAAAAGAUAAUGAAGUGUACAGAAACUGCUAUGGAAAGCAUGUUGGUUUUAAUAUGUUUUCUGACAACAUUCUUUUAUUUUUGGCUAGAAAAGUUAUUUUGCCAGAUAUGGAACUUGUAAUUAAUUUGGGUGACUGGCCUUUAGUUCGCAAGGACACAGAACCACUGCCAAUAUUUUCAUGGUGUGGAGCAGAUGAUACUGUGGAUAUUAUAAUGCCUACAUAUGAUAUAACUGAGUCUACUGUUGAAAAUAUGGGGCGAGUCACUUUGGAUACAUUGUCAGUUCAAGGUAACAUUGAAAGGGAUUGGUCCGAACGUGAACCCAAAGCUGUUUGGCGCGGAAGAGAUUCGCGAAUUGAACGUCUUAAACUUGUUGAUAUAUCUCGUGCCAAUCCUGAUCUCUUCAAUGUAUCUCUAACAAAUUUCUUUUUUUUUCGUGACCAAGAGCAAAAAUAUGGUCCUAAACAACCUCAUAUUUCAUUCUUCAAGUUUUUUGAUUACAAAUACCAAGUGAAUGUAGAUGGCACUGUGGCAGCAUAUCGGUUGCCUUAUUUACUGGCUGGUGGAGGAAUGGUAUUAAAACAGAAUUCACCUUAUUUUGAGCAUUUUUAUGAACUCCUCCAGCCUUGGAAGCACUAUGUUCCAGUUGCAAGAGAUUUGUCUGAUUUGACAAAGCGGCUAAAGUGGGCAUUAGCAAAUGACAAUGAAGCACGCAAAAUUGCCGAAAAUGCGAGGAUUUUUGCCAAUAAUAACUUAUUGCCUCAACAUAUCAUAUGUUAUCAUGCAGUUCUGUUUUCGGAGUGGAGUAAAAGAUUAGAAAGUAAAGUUACGGUAGAAGAUGGAAUGACUCAUGUACCUCAAACACAGUUUGCCUGCGACUGUAAAGCAACUGAACUUCAUGAAGACCAUAAAGAAUUAUGAUCCUAAUUAUUAUUAAUGCCAUAUUCAUAUUUCUAGGAAGGCAAAUAAUACCUAGUGAGUUAGUCUUUGGAAUAAAUA